CAAAACCUAGGGAAGGGGAAGUAACGCAGACCGAAACGCAUAACAUUCACAUUCAUAUUCACAUUGUUAACUCUUAAUUCAGCGUGCCGUUUCCUAAGCUUCCUUUUUCUCUAUCGCGCUCUCUUUCUCUCUCUCUCUCUCUCUCUCUCUCUCUCUCUCUCUCUUCGCAAUCUCUCCAAUUACCUUUCUUCUUCGCUUCUCUUCGCUGCCAGGUGCACCUUUUAUAGUAACAGAGAGUCAGAAGUGGAAGGUUGUCAGAAAUAGAUGAAACAGCAGUUAUAAAUUUAUAAUGUCUGGACUGAUUGAAGGGCUUCCUGAUGCUGUUGCAAUUAGGUGCCUUGCACGGGUUCCUUUCUACCUUCACCCGGUGUUAGAGCUUGUCUCUCGAUCUUGGCAAGCAGCUAUUCGAAGCUCUGAACUAUUUAGAGCUCGGCAGGAGGUUGGUUCAACUGAGGAUCUGUUAUGUGUCUGUGCUUAUGAUCCAGAGAACUUAUGGCAGCUGUAUGACCCUUUGCGAGAUCUCUGGAUCAGACUUCCUGUUCUUCCAUCAAAGAUCAGGCACCUUUCCCACUUUGGUGUAGUUUCCACUGCUGGAAAGUUGUUUGUGAUUGGUGGUGGAAGUGAUGCUGUUGAUCCGUUGACUGGGGACCAAGAUGGUUGUUUCGCAACGGAUGAAGUCUGGUCAUAUGACCCUGUAGUCCGACAGUGGGCCCCUCGUGCACCAAUGCUUGUCCCACGUUCUAUGUUUGCAUGCUGUGUUUUGGACGGGAAAAUUGUUGUAGCCGGGGGCUUCACUAGCUGCAGAAAAUCAAUAUCUCAAGCAGAAAUGUAUGAUCCUGAGAAGGAUGUCUGGAUUCCAAUGCCCGAUCUUCAUCGCACUCAUAAUUCGGCCUGUUCAGGGGUAGUGAUUGGUGGAAAAGUGCAUGUACUGCACAAGGAUAUGUCAACAGUGCAAGUUUUAGACAAUGCAGGGCCCGGGUGGAUUGUUGAGGAAUGUGCAUGGCUUCAGGGUCCGAUGGCAGUCGUCCGUGAUGCGCUCUAUGUGAUGAGCCAUGGAUUAAUCCUCAAACAGGACAAAGAAGUGAGAAAAGUUGUGGGUUCGGCAUCUGAGUUUCGAAAGAGAAUUGGAUUUGCGAUGGCUGGACUAGGUGAUGAGUUAUACGUGAUUGGAGGCGUCAUUGGCCCUGAUAGAUGGAAUUGGGAGAUUAGGCCAUUAUCCGAAGUUGAUGUUCUCACACUUGGAAAUGAGAGACCAACUUGGCGCCAAGCAGCUCCAAUGACUUGGUGUCAUGGUACUAUUCUUGGUUGUACACUGCUGAGAAUUUAGGCUGUCGCAUUCUAGGUUGUAGUGUUAUUUGUUCUCGCAGGAUUUGGAUACCUUCGUAGACAAAGAAUCAGUCGUUCAAUGGUUUCCCUGUUUUGUAUGUAAGCCAUAAUAUUUGUCCUUGUUUUUAUGUUGAUCACAUGCAGUAACGAGUUGUGUUUCUGUAUCUGUUCUGUUUGUAGUAAAACAGUUAAUGAUCACCAUUAACAAGGCAACAAAUCGGUUCUAUUGAUAUUCCUACCUUGACAUUCAUCACUUCACUAGGAGAAAUAAAUUUCAUUUAGCCAUUCA